AAGAAGCCCGCAGCGAAAGGUGGCAAAAAAAAGAAGCAGGUGUUGAAGUUCACCCUGGAUUGCACCCACCCCGUGGAGGAUGGCAUCAUGGACGCCGCCAACUUUGAGCAGUUCCUACAGGAGAGGAUCAAGGUGAAUGGCAAAGCAGGAAACCUGGGCGGGGGCGUGGUGACUAUCGAGAGGAGCAAGAGCAAGAUAACAGUCACGUCAGAGGUCCCAUUCUCCAAGAGGUGA